AUGGUGAGACGGACUCAGUCUAACCUCGUGCUCCGGCAGCUUUGUAAGGGCAUUUCUCCGGCAGCUCCUUGGUCCGGAGUUCCUACGAAAGCAACCCCUGAUGAGUGCCAGAGACGGCUAGAUAUGCACGGUGCGUACAGCUUCCUGGAUGAUGGACAAAGAUUGAUUGCAUGCAUCGGGGGAGUGGAGAAACCGCCCGGCGGGCGUGGAAAGGCGGGCUUCAUCACGGGUAUCUUCAAUGAUGAGUGCCGGGGAGAGGGUCCGCAGAUCAGCUUUUGUAGCAACGGCACGCCAAACACUUCUCUGCAACCGGCUGGAGCGAAGAGACAAUAUUUUGCGCGCCAAAAACAAGAGGCCGCUAGGAAAGAUGUUGAGCGAGCUUUUGGUGUGCUCCAAGCGCGAUGGGCCAUUCUACGCUGCCCCGCACGAGUGUGGCACGAAGAUGAUGUCGCGGAUAUCAUGGUAGCGUGUAUCAUAUUGCACAAUAUGAUAAUAGAAGAUGAAGGAUUCGCUGCAGAACGUUGGGCGCCGGAAGAUGGUGCAAGUACAAGUCACGGUGUUGCCUCCGCGCCGAUACAGAUGGGUGUACCACGUAGUAAUGAAUAUCUGAUCCAACGUUUCGCUGAUAUACGCAGGAGCACAACACAUGACCAACUCCAGGUCGAUUUGAUUGAAGAGAUCUGGGCACGUAGGGGAGGCGGCGUAGCAUGA